AUGCAGUCAUCGUGCUCAGAUCAGUCUGAGGAAGAAGGACAGAGGAAAGGACUAAAGCUGAAUUCUCUGCUGGUCAGCAUGCAUGCUCCGUACGUGUCAGCGCUGCUCUUUCUUCUGCUGCUGAGCUUCCUGCCUCCUGCAGAGGGGAGCGAGGCGGCUGGCAGGAGGGAGGAGAGGGAGAAGCGAAGCGUGCCGUACUGGGGCCUGUGGUCAUCUGACUUUUUCGGAUGGUUGGAGGAGUUGCGAGCCCAGGUGGCCGAUAAUGGGAUGCUGGACCUGGCUCGCACCUUCUGGGCUCACUUCCCCAUCAGCAGCGAGCUGGGCUAUGACAGUCCCGAGCCUGAGACUGAGGCUGAGGAGUGAGAUGAAGGUGUCCAGCGACGGCCACUUACACAAGAUCUUGAAGCGAGAUG